AUGGUCCGGCCCAGCAAACAGAAAAAGAGAGUCCUGCCAGAAGGGGUUCCCGCCUUUGCAGGCCCAAAGACAGUGAAAGCAGAGGCAGGGGAAGAGGCACCAGAGGAGCAAAGAAUUGGCCCAAAAUUCAACCCAAAGAUGGCCAGCGGAUUCGAGCCGGCAGAAGAUUUUGAGGACCGCUGGAAAGGCUGCACCGUUAUAUUCGGUAAUGAUGAACUGAAUACGGCGAUCCUCUCACCGGACCAGCAAAUACUGGUAGAGACCGAAGACCAGCCUAUCUACUUGAGAGAUGGACACGCCGUGAUCCCUGAAGACGAAGUCAUGAAGUAUCGCGUGCUGGCACGAUGCCAACAUCUCACAUGCGGCCCUGCAAAGGAGCCAAGGGCCAAGGCGGAUGGAGAGAAUGCGAACGACAGUGAGGCCCUGAUGAACUCUAUCUCGGACGGCAAGUCGGUUUACAUCGGACAGUCAAUGCACAUGGAUGGCUCUGUGAUUGCAUCGGGUCAGAACGAAGAAAAGCAUUCAUCCGGGUUCGAUUUCAAGGGCCUUGAUCUGAAGUCCGAACCGCAAAAAGUCAUAACCGGCUCUGGAACAAUCCCGCACUGGUGGAAAGAUGGCUAUUUUUGCCCUCAUUCCAGAAUUGGCCCAGCAAUAAAGCAAGAGAUACCACCAGAGGCGGCCCUAACGAAACAGGUCCCUCCUCGACAGCCGAAACUAUCUAUUCAAGAGUACAUCGUACCUCAUACUCUCGAUAUAUUUAUGGACCAGCUGCGGUGCAAUUUGUCGAAUCUGGUCAAGGAUGGGUUUUUGAGCGUAAAUGGAAGCACAAAGCUUGAGCUGAAUCGCGACUUGGAAUGGGUGCCUCGUGGCAGUAAACGUGUGGCAGAAGAGGAGUUGGAGACACCACCCGCGAAGGUGAUUCGAGGGCCGGAUGCUUCGCGCACACCUAGCCCAGUGCCCUCUGGAGAUUUCGUUGGUGAUCCGGGUCCUGACCCAAUACCUGACUAUGCCGAGUAUGAAGACUUGAUGAAGGUGUGGUCUGCGGCUCCCGCUGGCGUGCACUGGGCCUGGAAGGCAAAGCUCGAAGACGCCAAGGGCCUUGAGGAAGGAAACCGAUCGGAAGCGGCAUUGAGAGACCUACUCGCCAAGGCCUCUGAAGCCGAGGACGCCGAUUGGCGAGUCGUUUUCCAACAGGUCAAGGACGCAUUUGAAAAGGGCCAGGCGGUCUCGGACCAAGUUAUCGAUACUCAGCUGGCUCUCGCAUUUGGAAGAAUCAUGGGUAUAUGCCCUCCAGAAGGCCCAGUCACCAAUGUUUGGGGUAACUAUUUCAGGAGGGCUGCCGGAAAGGUCAAUAGGGGAGCUGCAUUUUGCAUUGGGGAAAUACUGAGCAAUCUGCAGAGGCCCGACACAACGAACAAAGAAUUCGUGGAGGAAGAUCUCAAAGAGCUUCGCGAUAAUGUUCAGGCCCGAGCAGCGCGUGAAUGGCUGGGGAAAUGGGUGGAGCUUAUUGCUCCGGACCUUUAUUCCAAGGAUGAUUAA